GUAUACAUCCAUUCUGCUCUGUAUGAUGAGCAAAAUACACAUGAGCAACAUGGUUUUCUUAGUAUUUACACAUGCUUUUUCCAUACAUUAAGAGGUGGUGUUAGAUUUGUAUGUAUCCAGUCUAGCAUGGUUAAUUAAAUACCCUAAUCAUUUUUUAUAUAUUGGGAUCAGGUACAUGGUCGUUUGUCGAUCAUACGACUGAUGCUGCACUUCAGGGCAAGCUAUAUUAAUAAUCUAUUUAGGGUUAGGUCCUAGUUUUCUUCUUGCUCUGGGGAUUUUCUUGAAUAGCUCUUGCUUUCUCCUCCUCUUGUCCUACCGAUUUUCGCAACCAACUAGAUCUCCCUUUCUUUUCAUGUCUCAACUUCUCGAUCAAAUUCUUUUUCUACAGAUUACAUGAAAGUGGUACUAUAUAUACUGUUUUUUAGCCUUUUAUUUAUCCUUUAUAAGUAGUGCUAACUCACAUGUGUACGCACCCCACCUAGGAUCACUGGUUUCCAUCCUUCAAAUUCUUCUGUCGGCAGCCACCCUCUUUUUCUCUCAUGGAUUUUGGUUGUCAUGCAAAAUCUAAUACCAUCUCCAGCAACAACACAACCCUAAAACUCUUCGGCUUCGACAUUUCGGAGAACAACAACCCUACAGUGCCUUUAGAUUCAAGUAAAUCUCCAUCUGGGUCACAGGAAUCAGAGACUAAUUUCCAAUCUUCCGAAGGUAGAAAAUAUGAGUGUCAAUACUGUUGUCGUGAGUUUGCGAACUCUCAAGCCUUGGGUGGUCACCAAAACGCUCACAAGAAAGAAAGACGGCUUUUGAAACGUGCUCAAAUGCAAGCCACCCGCAGCUUGGCUGCAGCUUCAUAUGUUACCAUACCAAAUUCUAUGUUCUCAACGUUUUCACCACCGCCACCUCACCUCCUUGAUCCAGCGGUGGUUCCGAUGGCGGCGGCGAUGCAAGAACAUGCCCAUUCCUCUCCCUGGUUUUACACGUCCUAUUCGGGACGCAUGCCGCGUGGCGGCCCGUAUCUUAAUGGGCCUGCUUCUUUUCACGGAAGGUGUCUGGACGGAAAGAGUUUGGUUGGCAGUGAGGUUGGGCUUCAUUCUAAAGUUUUUCCGAUGAGUGGAUUCACUAGAGAAGAUGUUGACCAUCAUAAGGGAUUAGGUUUGGAUUUGCAUCUAUAGUAGCAGUCUUGGACAAGACACUCAUCUAGUUUGAGCCUCUCUUGUAAUGAAUUUGUGUUGUGUUAUCCUUAAAAAUAUGGAAAAAAGAAGAAGAAGAAAGCCUUGUACAUUUUCCAACUUUCAGAAUUGAUUGCUACAGUUCUUCACA